GAUGGCCACGACGGCGAAGCAGAGAUCUUAUCAGCAGCCGUAGCGGCCACAGCGGGACAAUGAAAUAAUAUCGCUUUUUAUGACGCUCAUUAUUUGUGUUUAUUUUUCGAAGCGAUAAGAUACGCGCGCCUUACUUAUCGUCUCUCCGAUAGAUCGCAACGAUAGGCACGCAUCCGAAUACAACCCCGCGCUCACGAGGCAAUUUCACCACAGCGUGGCGGGAAGCCACUUUUGGUCACACUAACUUUCGGGAUUUUCGCUCGUGAAAAGAAAAGCCAACCAGUUUAAAACGCCAUUUGCAAAAAAAAUUAAGGUGGAGGAACAAAUCCGGAAAAUUUACACAAAGCUCACAUAAAAACUAAAUAAAAUCAGUUAAACAUGUCGAUUGGAGUGCCCAUCAAAGUGCUGCACGAGGCCGAGGGCCACAUAAUCACUUGCGAGACAAUCACCGGCGAGGUGUACCGCGGCAAGCUAAUCGAGGCGGAGGACAACAUGAACUGCCAGAUGACACAGAUCACGGUCACCUACCGGGACGGGCGUACGGCCAACCUGGAGAAUGUCUACAUCCGUGGCUCUAAGAUCCGGUUUCUCAUCCUGCCGGACAUGCUGAAGAAUGCCCCGAUGUUCAAGAAGCAGACGGGCAAGGGACUGGGAGGGACGGCGGGCAGGGGCAAGGCUGCCAUACUACGCGCACAGGCUCGUGGCAGAGGAAGAGGCGGGCCACCGGGCGGCGGAAGAGGAUCUGGCGGACCUCCGGGAGCUCCGGGCGGCGGUGGUGGACGCGGAGCCUGGCAGGGAGGACCAACAGGCGGACGUGGACGCGGCGGCCUGUAGGAAUCUACACACAGCUCAUAGCCAAGGCAUUUUUAAUCUCUAAGUUACGGGCACUAUUAUAUUAUUAGCGGGCGGGCUGAGACUUUUCCAGAAUUUUUGUAAAGUAUUUAAUAGGCGAGAAAGUGCCGUGAAUACAAAUAGAACUUGAAUUUGAAAA